GCCGCCCGCCUGCCUGCGAGAGGCGGGUGGGAGGCGGGUUUCUGCCUGCGCGAUGCGUUGCAGCGCCCUCCGCACCCUCCCCUGAGGCGCUCCCUCCCCUCGCGGCGCGUUGCGGGGCAGUGCCUCCGCGUCUCCCCCGGCUGGGGCGCGCCGCCCCCUUCCUCCCUUCUCUCCUCCUUCUCCUCCUCCCCGCGGCGGGCAGAGGCAGCGGGGAGCGGCCGAGGAGCAGCGGCACGGCGGCGGCAUGUGAAACGGGCAGUCUCCCAUCUCCGGCCGCCUCGGGGCCCCGCUCGCCAUGAAGAAGUUCUCCCGCAUGCCCAAGGCCGAGGGGAGCGGCGGCGGCGGAGCGGGCGGCGGAGCGGGAGGAGCGGGCGGUGCGGCCGCCCUGGGCCGGGUGUUCGCCGUCGGGCGGCACCAGGUCACCGCCGAGGAGCUGCUGGCCGAGGGUGGCUUCUCAACUGUGUUUCUGGUACGUACCCAUGGUGGGAUACGUUGUGCACUCAAACGAAUGUAUGUUAAUAAUGUGCCAGAUCUCAACGUAUGCAAGAGAGAAAUUACUAUUAUGAAAGAGUUAUCUGGGCACAAGAAUAUCGUGAGCUAUUUGGAUUGUGCUGUUAACUGUAUAAGUGAUAACGUUUGGGAGGUCCUCAUUCUCAUGGAGUACUGUCGAGCUGGCCAAGUUGUGAAUCAGAUGAAUCAGCGCUUGCAGACAGGCUUUACUGAAUCAGAAGUAAUGAGAAUAUUUUGUGAUACCUGUGAAGCUGUUGCUCGGCUGCAUCAGUGCAAAACUCCUAUAGUUCACAGGGAUUUAAAGGUGGAGAAUAUAUUGCUAAAUGACAGUGGAAAUUAUGUUCUCUGUGAUUUUGGCAGUGCCACGAACAAAUUCCUUAAUCCUCAAAAAGAUGGUGUUAAUGUGGUUGAAGAAGAAAUUAAAAAGUAUACAACACUAUCGUACAGAGCUCCUGAAAUGAUCAAUCUUUAUGGAGGGAAAUCAAUUACUACCAAGGCAGAUAUCUGGGCACUUGGCUGCUUGCUGUAUAAGCUUUGUUUCUUUUCACUUCCCUUUGGAGAAAGUCAAGUUGCUAUUUGCGAUGGAAGUUUUACUAUUCCGGACAAUUCCCGAUACACUCACAGUAUACACUGUUUGAUAAGAUAUAUGCUUGAACCAGAUCAAGAACAGAGACCUGAUAUUUUUCAGGUAUCUUACUUUGCCUUUAAACUUGCCAAAAAGGAUUGUCCAGUGUCCAAUAUUAAUAAUUCUCCUGUCCCUUCAGCACUUCCUGAACCUAUGACAGCUAGUGAGGCAGCUGCUAGAAAAAGCCAAAUAAAAGCAAGAAUAACAGAUCCUACUGGACCAACAGAAACCUCAAUUGCACCACGACAAAGACCAAAGGCCAAUUCAAGUACUGCUGCUUCAAGUGUUCUGACGAUCCAGAGCUCAGCAACACCAGUCAAAGUACAAGUUCCUGGUGUAUUUGGUAAUCGUGGGCAAAAAGGAACCCCGAGACCUGGAAAUGGUCAAGAAAUCUUGUUGUCCCAAGGGACCAAUCAGCAUCAUCCACAGCAGAACAGAGUUCUCCAGCAGCUGCAGCAGGGGGACUGGAGACUGCAGCAGCUGCACCACUUACAUCACCAGCAAAAACAACCAACAGUUCAGGAGGCUUACCUUCAGCAGUGUCAACAAGCAGUGCACCAGCAGGUGAUGCAGCAGCAACUGUUGAUGCAGUCUGUGUACCAGCAGCAACCCUCCCAGUCUCAGUAUCCUACUAUGGUGCAACAAUAUCAGCAGGCUCUUAUACAGCAGCAGAUGCUUGCUCAGCAACAGCAGCGGUCGCAGCAGGUGCAAUCUCCUGAAUAUGUCACUUCUCUACAAGACUUCUCGCCAGCCUUAAUCUCCUACUCUGCAUCACUUCCAGUACAUGCUGGAACAGUGGCAGAUUCUUCCUAUGCUGCAAGCAGGUCAGGCAUUCUUGAUGCUGAGGCAAUUACCAGUUACCCAAAGCAGAGCAUCAAUAACCCACCUGAUAUGUCAGGCUGGAACCCAUUUGGAGAGGACAAUUUUUCCAAGUUGACAGAGGAGGAGCUGCUGGACAGAGAAUUUGACCUGCUAAGAUCAAACAGGCUGGUGGACAGGAGAGCAACUUCAGAUAAGAAUGUGGAGCCACAUUCUGCUCCACAGAAAAGUCCUCCCGAAGAUCCCUUUGGUUCUGUUCCUUUCAUUUCUCACUCAGAUUCCCCUGGAAAACAAGUGGAUAACUCAGCUAGCAGUCAAGGAAACAACUUAGGGACCCCAACCAAAGGUGGAAGACUGAGUCAUGCUUUUAAAGAUCCCCGGUCAGGAAGGAAGACUGCAGAGGGACAAGUGACAAAAGGUGGUGAUGAGUCAGAGAGUGAUUUUGAAUCAGAUCCUCCCUCUCCUAAGAGCAGUGAGGAGGAGGAAGAACAAGAGGAUGAGGAGGUCUUGCAAGGUGAGAAUGGAGACUUCAAUGAUGACAAUGAUACGGAACCAGAGAAUCUAGGCCACCGCCCUCUGCUCAUGGACUCUGAGGAAGAGGUGGAAGAAGAGGAGGAGGAGAAGCAAAGUUCUGACUCUGAAUCCGAUCGUACCAAACAAAAAUUUGGGCUCCCGAGCAGUAGAUUCAGAGAUGUCAUGGGCAUCGGUGAAGUUAAAGAACCCAGCUUAAUCCAUACACCUGAGGUGCCAACUACUGUUGUCAAAGUGAGCCCUGGCCAAGAAUUUGAUGUGUUUGGGGCAGUACCCUUUUUUUCUCUUCAGCCUCAGGCAAGAGGUAAGGGCGACCAGAACGUCUCUUCUCAGACUGCAUUUUCCAGCCUGAGCCAAGACCAGGAUGACUUUGAUGUUUUCACCAAAGCCCCGUUCAGCAAAAAAAUGUCUCAGCAAGAUGACCAGGUGGUGGGAACCAAGACACAGCUCUCACCCACCUCGCCACGGAGUGUUGAUAUUUUUGGCUGCACUCCAUUUCAGCCCUCUCUUCUCCCCAAGGUGAGUGGGAGUAAAGAGGACCUGUUCGGGCUGGUUCCUUUUGAAGAGAUCACAGGGAGUCAGCAGCAGCAGAAGGUGAAGCAGCAGCGCAACCUGCAGAAACUUUCAUCCCGCCAGAGGCGCAUGAAGCAGGAGGUCCCGAAGAACAAUGGGAAGCGUCACCAUGGCACCCCAACCACCACGAAGAAGGCUUUGAAACCCAACUACCGCACUCCCGAGAGAGCCCGCAGGCACAAGAAAGCAGGCCGCAGGGACUCGCAGAGCAGCAACGAGUUCCUGACCAUCUCUGACUCCAAAGAGAACAUCAGUGUUUCGCUGACGGACAGCAAAGACCGAACCAACCCUUUGCAGACAGAUGAGAGUCUGCUGGAUCCCUUUGGAGCCAAACCCUUCCACCCACCAGAACUGAUGCGGCAUCCUCAGCAUCAGGGGUUUGGUGACAGCCGAGGGGAUCAUGGUGCAGUGGUAGUGGCUAGCAGGCCUCGGCAGAGCUCCUUGCAUGGACCGGUACAUGCUGGUGAUGGGCUGAAAACAGAUGAUUUUGGUGCAGUCCCAUUCACAGAACUGGUUGUACAGAGUGCACAGAGCCAACAGCAACAGGCACUAGAGUUGGAUCCCUUUGGAGCAGCUCCAUUUCCUUCCAAACAAUAAAUGCUUCCAGUGGGUCCCUCCUUCCACCUCUCUGAGUUGCUUAGUAGUGAGUUCAAUUAGCAGAGUAAUUUAUCUGGUUGACAGGGAGCUGGGCUGUACAGUUUAUUCAAGCUAAAGAAGGCAUGGCCGGCUUGCACGAUGGAAUGCAGAAAUUUUUAAUUUUGUGAAAAAAUUUUGUUAUGAAAGAUGGCUCCCAGAACAUGAAGAGAAAUGGGACGUGAAUUGGUGUCUGCUGACUUUUGGACCUGGAACAUGUUGUCAUCCUGCACUUUUGCAUCACCUUUUCAGCAGUUGGCAAUGUGCUGAAAUGGAGGGAAGGGGAACAUGCAGAGAUCACAUGAAAAAAGUUUUCCAAACUUACAGGUAGGCUGAAGUAACUGUGGUUCUUCUUUGUCUCAGUUGCACUAGACCUAAGAAUCUAAACAUACUAAUAUCCAGGCUUAUAUGCUGGGAAUAGUCAAGUCUUCACUUCGUAGACGAAAACUACCUUUAUUAAUCGUAAAAUAAUGAAGCCAAGUCAUCAAGGAGCUGUGGCCCAGAGUUCCAGAGCAUGUCUGUGGUUUUGCACCAGGUAGACAUCUAUGCAGCUGCAGAGCUGAAAGGCAGAUUAUUUUUUUUGUGUGCCUAAAUGUUCAAUUUUAUUUUUUACAGUAAGUGCCAUUAAUGUAAAAUAGCAAACUGGAAGUCUAGAGUUAAAACUAAAGAUGCAGAGAAUAUAACAGUUUGUGAAAUGGAAUCUGAAUGUAGAGGAGUAAACCAGCAAGGAUGCAGCCAGUGUUUGCAGCACUUUGAAGACUACUCAGCACGCUGGGGGAGAGGCUGGUUUACGUGAGAAGGACAUCUGGCAUGGAUGGAGCAUUUUAGAUGACGUGCACAGUUGACUGUGAAAUGCACCAUCAGUUUUAGCUGAUUGCAAAUUGGGGUUUGUGUCUGAAAAUGCAUUUUCUUUUCCUCUUGGAUUUCUAUCACAAAGAAAACGCGUGUUGUGUCAAAACUCAUGUUGUUUUAUAAAAUGAUAAUUUUAUGAAAUGACUGUAAUCUAACAUUUUCAACUUCUGAUGAGUCUGUUAUUGUACAUAAGUGUAUUUUUUAAGACAGUUUUGCUAAAUGCACUGAGCUUUGAUGAAACUUCUCUGGACCCGGCUUUGUUUCAGAAGCAGUAGCAGCAGGUAGCCUGUAGAUGCUGUUCGCUGCUGUAGCAGUAAGCUGCAUUUCACACCGCAAUGCCUUACCAGCAGGAUUGCUGUCCUGCCACACAGUACCUCUGAGACAUCAGGUGCACAAGACAUGGCUAAAAGCUUGGAGCUUGCAGUGCCAGUAGUGAUGGAAGGCAACGCGAACUGGCUUGUUGGAGAGAUGUGGUUACCAUGUGUCAACGGUGACACCGUGUGCUUCGUAACUCCGCUGCCUUAUGACUCGUGCCAAGCCAUGUACACUGACUGCAGAGCGAGUAUACAUCCGAAUGGUUUACUUUGCCUUGUUUCUAUGGCAAUCCUAAGGAAGUGGAAGGAGGCAGCUCCUCUGCUUGUCUUAGCUUUACAUCCUGCUUCACUGAAUGUUGAAGAGCAUUCCACCUUUAUAAAAGGAGACCGUAAGAAUUCAUGGCCGUUUCCUCCCGCCCUCAUCUCCUCCCCUCACAGGAUGUGAAGUGAAAUACUGAGGGCAGUGCUUUUUUUUUUUCUUUCAAUUUCUACUGCUGUUUAUUGAGUUGUUUUGAAAUUGGUGAGGGUAGGAGGUAGAUCCCUUGAAAUAUGUGUUGAAAAUGGCACGUUGAAAACAAAUUCCUUUUCUCCUUUGGGAGCUGGUUUUGAUAAGAUGCUGCCUCAUGUAUACAGUGAGUUUGUUUCCCCUAGUCCUGGAUUUGGAAUCUUGCUUGUAUGUAUCUGUACACUUUGAUUAUCUUCCUCUUUUUCUUUUUUUUCCUCUGACAAGGUGAAAGAGAAAUAUUACAGCUCUACUUGUUUCAGAAUGACUUUUUCAGACUUAGAAGUUAAGCUUUUAGAAGUAUGUGAGUAGAAGUGUUUCAACUCUAUUUGCACAGGAGUUUCUUAGGCUUUAUUACUACUGUUCUCACCAGUUGAUUUUUUUUUUUGUGCCAAAGGCUGUAAGAAGCGCACGCCAACUCUGUAGCAUUUUCUGAUACUCAGGUUAACUGCGAUAGUGUUUUUAUGUGCGUGCUUAUUAGCUGCCUUCCUGCAGUUUCCUUCUGAACUGUCACUUUCUUUGCCUAAAGACAGCUGUUGGAAGAGAAUAUUAUGAAAAAUGGGGCAGGUAGGUGGAAACAAAACAAGAAUAAAGCAACAAGCAACUGACCCGCAGUCUUAAAUACGGCCAGUCCUCACUGAUGCCAUGCAGUUACUGCUUUCCCUGCUGGAAGAACAGCUUGAGGGUUGGCAUGGCCAUUAGGUGCUUAGUGUGGGCCUUAAUUAAGGUAAAUUACAAGAAGAAAGAACCACGUUUGAUUUUUGUCUGAUGACCGUGAAGCUUCAGGUUGAAGAGUGCAACAGAAUUUCUUUGUGUAGUGGAUUUUUUUUUUUACUUUGACAGAGGGCUCACACAUGGUUUUAUUACAGUACAGGAAAGCUGAAGUUAGGUUGUAUACAGAAACUGAUAGGGGAGAUAAAAGCAAACCGUAAACCCAAGUUACUCUGAAACUGGCAUUGUGCCUAUAGCUGCCUCUCAGUUACAGCCAAUUGUACUUGCUUUCUUGUGGCCUUAAAAAGCCUUGAUCUUUGUACUACACUUACAAAACAACUUUUUGCAUACAUGCUGUUUUUAUGUUUCUCGAGUUAAAACGAUUUUUAUUCUCAUGUCUGAGAUGAGUAUGACUCACUACGUUGACUUUAUGUGGUCUAUUUGGUCUGCUUGGGUUUAAGCUUCAGCUAAGGUUCAACAGAGGCAAAACGUACUGCUGGGAAACGUGGUAUCUUUUUGCCUUUAUUCAGUAUGUGUGCAUCUCUACCUGUGUGCUUGUCAUUCAUGGAGUGUAUCGUGACCUUACCUGAAAUACUGGAAAGACCAUGUGCACUUAGAAUUGUACUGUGGGUCUGUGGAGACAAUGAUAACAAGGUAAGGAACUGACACUUCCCUCCCACCAGGAAAUACCACCUGCUUUUUAACAGUUCUUUCAGUGUGCUGAAUGACUGAACCAUAGACCUGUCAGAAUCAGCUGCUUUGGACAGAGUUGCUGUCAGCAGUACUAAGAAGCCCUUUAUGGUUGUGGUCACUGAAAGGGAGAUAAGAUGUUGAGUUUCUCUGCAGACUCUCAACAGCCGUGAGACGUGCGGAAUUGCUUUUGCUGACUUGGGUCACGCAGGACCCGCGAAAACCAACUUCAAGGAAAUAAUCUUUAAUCAUUCUGGUUGUCCCAGUUAAUAAAACUAAGUACUGUGAAAAUAAGUUGGUAUAUUUGCUACUGUGAGAAUAAGAGUUUAUCUGGAGUUUUUUUAUACUAUAUAGUGUAUUUUUAUAUAUGAGAAAUAUAUAUAAAAUAUACACAUGCUCGCACACAUCGCACUGUGUUUUUAGUAACAUUGCAGCCACAAUCAUUUUGAUGGAACUAGAAAGAGUGAAUAAGGGAAACCUGCAAGAGGAAAAAAAAAAUGUGCAGGGGGUGGCUGCUGAGUUACUUUUCUACAGCGCUUCUUUUCAAAGAAAAAUUGAGGAAAUGGUGUGUAUAGCUAAGUUUGUCACUAAGGCAUCACCUAAUAUUAAAGAGCGUAAAAUCUAUUUUAAAAUUGCUGGCAUUCAGCUUUUAAGUGCACUUUCCUGAACUACACUUCCAUUUCUUGUUAGACUUCAAGUUUCUAAAGCUUUUUUUUGUGUACCACUAAACAGAGAACUUUAACUUUUUUGUGAAACUGAUGUAUGUCAUAAAUACUGCAGUUGUUAAAUAAAUAAACACGGUAACAGUGACCUUGCA